UCGUUUGAACGACAUGCAGUCUGAGAAUUUCUGUUUACAUCACAUUUUCUUAGCUUGAUUAUGAAAAAAUUUUGUUUAGCUAGUUGAACAUGAUCAGAGCAUGAUUGAUUGUAUUGAUGUUUUAAUACUGAAGGAGAACAAGCCUUCAAUCUGUGGUAUGUUCAAUACGUCUAAAACUCAAACACAGCCCUUUAAAAUGUCUGGCUUUCAUGACGAUGUUUGUUUUGCAGUUUUUCUCGACAGCCAGCGGGCGUCACAGGUCCUGGUGCGAAACCGACGAGCCAACCAGAUGUUUGAGGAGAUGAAACCAGGUAACCUGGAGAGAGAGUGUGUGGAGGAAAUCUGUGACCAUGAAGAGGCCAGAGAGGUGUUCGAACAGACGGACAAAACAGAGAACUUCUGGGUGAAAUACCUUGACUGUAAAGGAACCGAGAUAGCAAGAACGCCACAGACCGUCGAGCUGGUCCGGCACUGUAUAGAAGGUCAGUGCAUCUCUGGUCAGGGACUGAACUACGAAGGGAACAUCAACAUCACCAGGUCAGGACGAGUGUGCCAACACUGGAGACACAGCUUCCCCCACCCCAUCAGCAGGGAGUACAAUGUUUCAGAGAACCCGCUCCUUCAGGAGAACUUCUGCAGGAACCCUGACAAGCGUCCGGAGGGACCUUGGUGUUUCACGAAGGACCCCUCAGUGCAGAAAGAGUCCUGCCGAGUGCCUGUUUGUGGUGAGGACUUCGUCCAACCUACCGAAGCUCCAAAACCUGUUAAAGCCACAGAGUGCCUACAGAGUUACGGGAUCGAUUAUGUUGGUGACCUGAGCGUGACCACGGGAGGCCACACCUGUCUGGAGUGGUCCUCACCAGCGGCAAAAGCCCUCAGUGUGGACAAAGAGUUCAUCCCCGAGGUUACCCUGCCGGGCAACAAGUGCCGAAACCCAGACAAUGACCCCGAGGGCCCUUGGUGCUAUGUUCAAGUUUAUGGAAACAUCACGAUUGAUUACUGCAACCUGGAGCUUUGUGACGACCCGCUGCUUGGUGAAGAGGACACAACGCAGACCGAAGGCAGGGAGCGCUCUGUUCUUGGUCCUGCCAGGAAAACCAUUUUCAACCCUCGAACCUUCGGACAGGGGGAGAGUGAGUGUGGCGUUCGUCCACUGUUUGAGAAGAUAAGCAAACAGGAUGGAAAGGAGGCGGAGCUGCUGGAGUCGUACAGGGAGCAACGCAUUGUUGGGGGUGAUGAUGCUGAAGUGGCCUCGGCACCAUGGCAGGUGAUGCUGUACAAGCGCAGCCCUCAGGAGCUGCUGUGUGGCGCCAGCCUGGUCAGCGACGAAUGGAUCCUGACUGCAGCCCACUGCGUCCUCUACCCACCCUGGAACAAGAACUUCACCAAAGACGACAUCCUGGUUCGUCUGGGAAAACACAACAGAGCCAAGUUUGAGCGUGGCACCGAGAAGAUCGUGGCUAUCGAUGAAAUCAUUGUGCAUCCAAAGUACAACUGGAAGGUGAACCUGAACCGUGACAUCGCGCUGCUGCACAUGAGACGACCGGUCCAGUUCACCAACGAGAUCCACCCCGUCUGUCUGCCCAGCAAGGCCGUCGCCAGGCUGCUGAUGUCUCAGGGUUUCAAGGGUCGAGUGACCGGAUGGGGUAACCUGAAGGAGACCUGGAAUCCCGCCGCGAGGAACUUACCCACGGUCCUCCAGCAGAUCCACCUCCCCAUCGUGGACCAGGAUAUCUGCCGCGCCUCGACACAAGUCAAGAUCACAGACAACAUGUUCUGUGCAGGUUACAGUCCAGACGACACCAAAAGAGGCGAUGCCUGUGAGGGAGACAGCGGCGGCCCAUUCGUGAUGAAGCACCCAGCAGAGAAUCGCUGGUAUCAGAUGGGUAUUGUGUCUUGGGGCGAAGGCUGCGACCGCGAUGGAAAAUACGGCUUCUACACUCACCUGUUCAGGAUGACCCGGUGGAUGAAGAAGGUCAUCGAGAGGUCGGGAGACAGCGACGACUGAACGAAAACACACGCGCACAUACAUCCAUCCCAUAACGCAAUACCACCAUCCACCUCCAGGG